CCCUGAUAUUCUGGGCCAGCUAUUUCGAAGUCUGGACAGUAGUUAAGCUAAGGAACAGCUUCCGAUUUCCCAGGACAACACUCAGAAGGAAAAGAGAAGGCAAAGAGAGAAGUGCAUAAUGAAGCCCCAACUGUACUCCAUCUUUGUUCUACUGCUUAGCAGGAUUAACUAUGCGCAAAACUUAUCAACGCUCAAUGCUACCCACGUUGCUCCAGCUUCUGGCACACAACUGCCUCCGUUUACUUCUGAAAACAUCACCUCUGUUACCAAAACCCCUGAUGACAAUGACACUUCUGUUACCGAAGCCCCUGAUGGCAAUGCUACUUCUGUUAUUGAAACCCCUGACGGCAAUGCUACCUCUGUUACCGAAACCCCUGAUGAUGUCACUUCUGUUACCGAAGCCCCCAAUGGCAACGCUACCUCUGUUACCCAAAACUCUGAUGAAGCCACAAUUGUUUCUGAAGUCCCUGAUGACAACAUCACUUUUGUAUCUGAAGCCCCCGAUAGCAAUGCCACGUCUGCUCCCAGCAUGGCUCCCAGUAUGGCUAUCAGCACGUUACCAGCUAGCCACACCACAGAAUCUGCAACAAGGAUAAUCAACAGUACCCCCAUAUUGACAGCAAACCAGACAUCUAACCCUGACACGGCUACAAGUACAACCACACGAUGGACUGGCAAAGUCAUUGGUUCUAAUACCACCAAUAACACUGUGCAUGGCUUUCCUCAUUCAACCAAACCAACUGUAAUUAGUGUGUCUCCUGAUAAAACCACCAGGAAUAGAACCAGCACAUUCCCAGUGCCUUCAUUAUUUGCAAUCACAUUGCUUGUCAUUUCUGUACUCUGUUUUUAAGAAAGCAUUAUUAUAUUGUACACUGCCAUUCUGGGUGAAAGGGGAGGUCUUUUUUCUUUUUGCUGUUAAUAAAUGUGCCACAGUCUUGUCUUU